AUGCCGUUAAUCAUCCUAACCGGAUACCCCAGCUCGGGCCUCUCCUACCGCGCCAAACAACUCGCCCACCUCCUCGAACAAACCCAAACCCAACUCUUUGACGCGCUCGACAACGAGACCACCGACGGACAAGCAAAACCGAAACAGAAACGUUUCACGUUCCAUAUUGUCCCUUCCCAUGACCCAGGACAUCCGCGAACUGUAUACGAUAAUGCGCGCACAGAAAAGGAAGCUCGCGCGGUAGCGUACGCGCGAGUCAAGCGCGCGUUGGCCAAGGAUGCGUUUGUGAUUUUGGAUGGGAUGAAUUAUAUUAAGGGGUAUCGGUAUCAGUUAUGGUGUGAGGCAAAGGCCGUGGGGACGACGUGUUGCGUGGUCCACGUUGGAACACCAAUCGACAAAUGCGUCGCAAUCAAUAAUUCUCGCUUAAACCGACAACAGCGACAAGUAAACCUGCCCGAUGCAAGCUCAAAUACAGACGACCUCGCCGAACCAGAUACCGAAGACCCCUACCCUUCAGACCUACACCAAAACUUGAUAUUCCGAUACGAAGAACCCAGCACCCACAGUCGCUGGGACAAACCAUUAUUCACCGUCCCCUGGACAGAUGCCAGACCACCGAUUGAAGAAAUCUGGACAGCGACCACGGGCAUCGAAAUCGAAAAGAACAUUCCCCCCGACAGCACACCAAUAAACCCUCUAGCUUCCCUACUCCAUACCGAUCCCAACACCCCUUCACCACCGUCUACAGCUCAACAAGAUACAGCAAGUAUAGCAUACACAAUCCGCACAACAGCCACCACAAACGCCAACGGUUCCAACCGUCUAGGCCGUCCCCGAAUCAAACCGCACCAAGCAACCGUCCUCCCCACCCAAACCGAUUCCAGCGCUCUAUACACCUACGAAAAGAAAACCUCCGCCAUCAUAACCGCUAUACGAAAUUAUACCUCUUCCAACCCUUCUGUUGAAGCCGCGCUCGCCCGAUCCGCCCAGAUAGGCGGCGUGAAAAGAGCGGAUGAAGAAGGUAUCUCGAUCACGGUACCAGACUCGUCGAUUGCAGUGUUUAUACCUGCUCAUAUCGUUCGGAGUGCGCCCACAGAUGAUCUGGCUGGUGCCGGGGGAUUGUUGACCUUGCCGCGAUUGCAGAGGUUGAGAAGACAAUGGAUUAGUCAGAAUAGGACUUAUAUCGGUAUGACGCAUAAUCAGGUCAAGGGUGCGUUGGGGAGUGAUCAGGUUGGAGAUGCGUUUGUGAGGUUUUUGAAUUUUGAGUUUGCCGGGGAUACGACUGAAUAG